UACUUCCUGUUGCCCUUACUAGCUAUGGCGCUGGCUAGCGUGCUGGAGCGGCCUUUGCCCGUGAACCAGCAUGGGUUUUUUGGUCUCGGAGGUCGUGCGGAUCUGCUGGACCUGGGUCCGGGGAGUCCUGGUGAUGGGCUGAGCCUGGCCGCGCCCAGCUGGGGCGUCCCAGAGGAGCCGAAAAUCGAAAUGCUGCAUGGAACCACCACCCUGGCCUUCAAGUUUCGCCAUGGAGUCAUUGUUGCAGCCGAUUCCCGGGCCACAGCCGGUGCCUAUAUUGCCUCUCAGACAGUGAAGAAAGUGAUAGAGAUCAACCCUUACCUCCUGGGCACCAUGGCCGGGGGUGCAGCCGAUUGCAGCUUCUGGGAGCGGUUGUUGGCUCGGCAGUGUCGAAUCUACGAGCUUCGAAAUAAGGAACGCAUCUCUGUCGCAGCGGCCUCCAAACUUCUUGCUAACAUGGUGUAUCAGUACAAAGGCAUGGGGCUGUCCAUGGGCACCAUGAUCUGUGGCUGGGAUAAGAGAGGCCCUGGCCUCUACUAUGUAGACAGUGAGGGGAACCGGAUCUCUGGAACUGCCUUCUCUGUGGGUUCUGGCUCCGUGUAUGCUUAUGGAGUCAUGGAUCGAGGCUACUCCUAUGACCUGGAAGUGGAGGAUGCCUAUGACCUGGCUCGCAGAGCCAUCUACCAAGCCACCUACAGAGACGCCUACUCUGGAGGUGCCGUCAACCUCUACCACGUGCGGGAGAAUGGCUGGAUCCGCGUCUCCAGUGACAAUGUAGCCGACUUACAUGACAAGUAUACGGCACCUGUCUCCUGAAGGGAAAUGACUGGCUGUUUGCACCUGUUUGGGUGGUUCUUCUUGGUUAUUAUAAUAAAUAAUAGCACCCCAUUCCAUAGCGAAGUCCACAGUUACUUCAGUACCAUUGGUAAAGCUCUAAAACGUUGGUGCGAGUGUUAGCCGUUGUUGAGCUCCUGACGCAUUAGCUGUUUUACUCUUGGAUGUUAAAAUUACACUACUUUUUGACCUCAGCCUC